GGGCCGCCAGCCGCGCGGCGUCGCCUGUGGCGUCGGGUCGUUGUGUGGUAACAAGGACGCCGGUAGCCAUCUCCGCAACAGCAGGUGCGACCGCUUCAGCCCCGAGCGGGCUCCGCGGCUGCCUGGCGGGUCUCUUCUCGCGUCCGGCCCUUCCCUUCCGCGACCCGGCGCCAGACAGCGACACUGAGUCGACAGCCGGAACGACGGGCUAUGGCGGCCUCGACGGCCUCGCACCGGCCCAUCAAAGGCAUCCUGAAGAACAAGAGCUCUGCGACUUCCUCUGUGGUGGCCUCAGCCCAGCAGCCCGGCGGGAAUGUCGAUGAAGAGCUGAGUAAAAAAUCCCAGAAGUGGGAUGAAAUGAACAUCCUGGCAACAUACCAUCCAGCAGACAAAGACUACGGUCUAAUGAAAAUAGAUGAACCUAGCACUCCUUACCAUAGUAUGAUCGGUGAUGAUGAAGAUGCGUUGAGUGACUCCGAAGCCACUGAAGCCAUGAAUCCUGAUGUCUUAGCUAAGAAAUUAGCUGCUGUUGAAGGCUCGGAGCCAAAAUACCGGAUUCAGGAACAAGAAAGCAGCGGGGAAGAGGAGGAUGACCUCUCGCCUGAAGAACGAGAAAAAAAGCGACAGUUUGAAAUGAAAAGGAAGCUUCACUACAACGAAGGACUGAAUAUUAAAUUAGCUAGACAAUUAAUUUCAAAGGACCUACAUGAUGAUGAGGAUGAUGAAGAUGAAGAGAUGCUGGAGGCUACGGAUGGAGAAAGGAUGAAUAUGGAAGAAUCAAAUCAAGGGUCUACUACGAGUGACCAGCAGCAGAACAAAUCAUAGUUCAUAGAAGGGAUUUGUUCAGCACCGCAGUUGUCAGAUACAAACGCUGUUACUAUAAUACACUGCUUCUUGUUCUCUACAAUUCAUGACUUAAGUACUGAAAUGUAUACCAGUUAUAAUAUAUUGCCAAGAAUUAAAUGGUAACCUUAGAGACUGAUUAGACUGAAAAUGCCUAAUUGCUACAUAUAUUCUUGUGCCUAGUACUUCACCACAAAAAAAGCAUAAUGUCAUUAGCCCAAAACGACAUUACUUUUAUAAGAACACUGGUUAAUUUGUAUAUUAUAUAGCUUUUUAUGCUUUAGAGGUUAAACUAUCUUUUGAUGGGGAGGGGAACUAAUUUAUUUUCUUCUAGAUGUGGUUCUCUUAUAAAAAGGUUUUUUGGUUUUUUUGUUUUUAAUCAAAAGCCAAUUGAAAUAACAGAUUGUAUAGGCCAGUAUUCAGGCUGAAAAGUAUUUUAACACUUGUCUUCAACUUGAUUUGUCUGUUUAAUUGAAAAAGAUUCUAAGUUACUGUUGCAUUUUCUUGGCCUACUACCUUUAAAAUUCUUGAGUUUCUUUGUGUUUACAAAGAAAGGAUUGAACCUUUUCUCAUCAAAACUAGCUUUUUUUCCACAAAUAAAUUAUUGGGUGAAACUUGCA